AUGCGGCCCACGCAGCUUGCCUUGGCCGUGAGAGCUGGAUGGCGAAAGCUGGGCUGGCGCGCCUGGGCGCUGGUCUUGGCGUGGGCCGUCCACUACCUCAAUGGCGUCCGCAGGGUGCGCUUGCACCUGGCGAAGACAUCCAAAAGCAACCACAUGCGGCAGCGCAUGCAGCGCAUCAUGGAGCAGUGCCCGUCCAUGUUCAAAGUGUAUUGGCCCACCUGGUACGCCUACUCGGCCAUGCAGCAGAUCCUCCUGCUUGGCGUCAAGGAAAUCCUUGCGAUUUUCCAGUCCAACGUCUACACCCGCCAGAUCUUCCAGCUUCGGGACUCCGCCAAUAUCGCGCUGGACUGGGUGGUUCCAGAGCGUGAAUUGCAAGAUGGCCCGGUGUGCAUUCUGCUACAUGGCGCCAUUCAGGACAGCCGCAGCUCCACGAUGAAGGAUUUGGCAUCGGAGCUGGCGCAAAGGGGUCUGCUUGCAGUGGUCAUGAACCGCCGCGGCUACGGGGACUUGGAGAUGGAUGCCUCCACGGCGCGUGUGACGUUGUUCGGCUUCGAUGAGGACCUGGACGAGGUCAUGCUGGAAGUGGGCAAGAGGGCGCCAGGUCGGCCGGUGGCCAUUGUGGGCUUUUCCUGUGGCUCAGGCCAGGCAGGGCGCUACGCCGCCCAUCGCCAGCACCUCUCCGCCUGGCAGGACAGGGGCGUCUCAAAGACACUGCCCCGGCUACUCUGCGUUGUUGGCUAUGAUGCCGGCUACGAUGUGUUGCAUGCCGUGCACAAAGUUCCGUGGCCCUAUUGCUGGGCCUUGGACUUCGCCUUCCGGUACCAGUACGUCAUUCGGCACCGCAGCACCUGGGCCCAGAAGUCCCCCUCCAGUGCCGAGGUGGUCAAGGUGGCGUUGGACCCUACGCAGAGCUUUGCCAAAGUGUACCGGAAUGUCACCAAGCUUUCAGGCUUUGGCUGCAGCACGGCCUGGCUGGAGAAUCAGCAGCCGCAGCUGAACAACAUCGAGGUGCCCUGCCUGCUGAUCAACUCGCGGGACGACCCCAUUUGUGUGUGGCAGAACGUGGAGGACCACAAGCCCCUCAUCCAGGAGAACCCAAAUCUGGCCCUGGCGGAGCUGCGACGUGGCUCUCAUGGUUGCAAGUUUGGCUUCUGGGGCUUCAGCUCCAUGGGGAGAGACAUGAUCGGGGAGUUCAUCCUGUCCUCCUGGUCCGAGCUCAAGAACACUUGA